CCAGGACCAAGACUCCCACCACCACUCUCUAGCCUUCUUCUUCUCUCUAUCUCUACCUCUAUAUGUCUAAAUCUAUAUCUACUCAUAUUUUACUUUCACCAAAUCAAGAAUUCAAAGAUAAACACAAAGGAAAUGUUUAACACCAUCAGAUCAGUUUCCUUCCAGAUCAAACAACCAGUCGGUAAAGUAUCUACGAUCAUCAGAAGUGUAAGAAGAUCCGGCAGUGGCCCUUCCAUUAACAACCAGACAAGUCCUAACAAAGCGGAGAAGAUUCAACACUCUCAGGAACCUACUCACGAAGGGGAUCAUGUGAUGUCGAAUUCAUUCGGAGAUGGAUACUCAACAAGGUCAGACGAGGAGGGUUUUGGAGGUACCUUUAGCGGAAACCAAUCUCUUUCGGGUAGAGAGCAGGAAAAAAUUGUUAGUGCGAAUGCUCCAGAAUAUGACAGGAGUCAAGGGAGCGACACAACAGAAAAGGAGGAUGGACGAAAUCAGCCAUAAUUCUUUACUUUUGGC